AUGCAGCAACCGCCUCCUCCACCGAGACUGCCAAACACACGUUUACCAAAUGAUGGCGGCGUCUUUUUUGGGGGGAACAACGAUUAUCGUCGAAAUUAUCCACCAAAUAAUAAUCAACAACAACAAAUAAAUCGACCAUUUAAAAAAGACGCACAACAAUGGUAUCGUGGUCCAUUGCCGCCACAACAAAAUCAGUUAAACUCGAGACCUCCAGGCCCACCACCACUGUGUGGACCACCACCUCAACAACAACAACAAUGGUUUCGGGGUCCACUUCCAUCACAACAAAAUCAGAUGAAUCCUCCGCCUCCUCCCUUAGUUCCACCACCAUUUGGUACCCCAUUUGGUUUGCCUCCUGUACCUCAUCCGUUUAUGAUGAUGGGUGGACCGCAACAAGAACAACAGCAACAACAUGGUCAUCAAAACAACAACAUCAAAUUUGAAGGCGGACAAAUUCCAUUUUUGGAAGGCGAUUUACUUUACGAUAAUGGUGAUAUUCUUCACGAAGAUUCAAAUGAAAACAAACGGCUAUUGCCUCCACAGCCAACAAUAUCAAAUAAUAACAGUCAGAAUAGACGCGCAGAUAAAUCAAAUAAUCGAAAUAUUAUAUCCUAUCAAGAUCUUGAUAGACCAGAUGAACGUGAAACAUCAUCAUUCGAUACACUCGAUUUAUCGAGGCGUCAAACCUCAAAUAAUAAAAUUUCUACAGCUACAUCUAGCUCAAUUCAAUCAUCAUCAAUUACUAAGGCAAAUACUGCCUCUUCGUUAACAACAACAAAAGAAAAAUCAUUCAACUUUGACGAAACAUUAAAACUGGAAUUGGAUCGAAUUAAAAAAGCUGAUGCUGAGCAAAAAGAAAAAUUAAAACAACAACGUUUACAAGCUGAAUUAAAUAAGGAAAAAACAUUGACAACUGCGUCUAAACAACAUGAAAAAAGAAACUAUAAAACCACCGAACGAGAGAAACGUGAAGAUGGCGAAUAUAGUUCGGAUGAUGAUGAAAUCAAUACAAAACGUCAACAAAAACCUCCAUCAGCUCUCUCAUCAUCCGCCAAUCUAACUCGGCAACAGACAAAAUUAAAAAAACUUAUCGAUAAUAUGUCAUCAAAUGAGCGUAAUACAUUUAUGAAUUUGGCUACAGCUGCUUUGACAACUACAACAGUAGCCACUACAAAUGUAAAACCUAUUCCUGUGAAACAAGUCCAAACAACAACAACAACAACUACACAGCACCCAUCACCACUACAACAAAUUAGCGUUGAGAAUGAAGAUGAAGAAGAAGAUUUCAGUUUAAUGAAAAUCAUUCGUCCAUUAAAACUAUUUCAUAUCGAUCCAGUUACAUCGAAAGAAUAUCGUGAAUAUUUACAGAAAAAUUAUAAAACGGUUCGUUCGGUUUGUGACAAACCACAAUGCAAUUUUUUAUCAAAUCUUAGUUGCAUUGAAGAACUAAAGCGACGACAAAAAAUUAUUCAUAAUAAGUACGAAACACCUGUAACACCAAUGUUGAAACAUUUAUUAGCUGAUGAAACUGAAGAUGGUUCUGUAGCAGUUGCAAUUAAAAGUGAGAAAAUCAAUCAAACGGGCAUUGAACAUGAAGAUGGUGAGAUAGAUGAAAGUGAUGAUGAAAUGAAUAAUUCUGGUCUUUUGAAAAUGGAACUCGAUGGAGACGAUAAAAAGAAACGUAAAGUAACGGUAGAUGAAGAACACCAACAGAAAGAUGUUAUUACGAAAAAACAGAAAACGUUGAAUGAUGAAAUGAAUACUGAAGAACAAGAACAAAAUGACGAUGGUACGAAGCAAAGUAGUGGAUAUUCUACUCUCACUGGGGCUGAGGAUAAACCGUGGAUGACACCAGAAUUACGUCAAUUAAUUAAACAAAGAAAGCGUUUACAGGCACAAAUUCUAGCAGGUGAUACAAACGUGGAAGUGAAGAAAAAAUUUAAAAAACUAAGAAAUACAAUAUGCAGAUUAGCAAGAUCGUUGAAAGCUAAGUAUGAAAAAUCAACCGCAAGUCCUAAAUCUCCAACGACUAUCAGCAACGGCAUAAGUACUUUGAAUCAGUCUUUGAAUAAUCUUCAACCAUCUUUAUCAAAUGACGAAGCGGCCAAUACAAUAACAACAUCAUUAGCCUCUUCUACUACUGCAUCUAAUACACAGUCUCCAUCUCAACAAAAUUUACUUCAAUCAUUUUUGGAUCCGACAAUGUUUAUGAUGAUGUUAAUGAAUCCAACUCUCUAUUCAAGUGUACAACAACAAGUACUUUCAAAUCCAAAUUUUUUAUCUGCUUAUCAAAAUAUGGUCAUGAAAUCAACACCAGGUAAAGGAACUAGUGAAACACAAGUUGUACCAGCACCUUCGGUCGAUCAAUUAUUGAAACAAACAACAACCUCAACGUCUAAACCGCAGGAGAAUAAUAAAUUAAUGCAACAAAUCUUAUUAGGAAGUGGCUUGUCAACAAAUCAGGUGAAAACAGAACGAAUAUUGGGUUUGGCGACAAAACCAAUCAAUCUGAACACAUCUGAUACUACAUCUACACCAAGUACAGAUUUAUUAAAUUUGUUAGAAAACGUGACAAGUGUAAAUGUUGAUAAUCGAAAAGGACCACAAACACCUCCAGGUUCGCCGCCAAACAAAACAGGAAUUACGGCACAGACUGGAGCGAAGCCACGAACAAUAAAUACUCCAAUUACACCAUCUACUAUUUCAUCGAUUACAAGUGACUCACCCAAAACUGCAGUGACACCCGGUGCCCCUGAUCAACCAGAAAUUCAAUUUAAUGCACAAGAGAUGGCAAAUAAUUCGAAAUUUCCCCGCCAGUUUCAACAGCAACAUCAAAAUCAAGGACAACCUGGUGUACGUUCACGUGAGCGCGGACACAUCAAUCGUCAUAUUCCUUUAACAAGUGAACAAAUGAAAGAAGUAUUGGCACGAGCGAAAAAUUAUGUAACAAGUAAGCAAAAUGACGAUGUACCCACGACACCACCCAUCUCACAUAGACGACAUAUAUCAGCCGCACAACAGCAAAAUAUGAUAACCCAAAAAGAAACAGCUGCACAACAAGCAGCUGCAGCAGCCAUUGCGGCUGUCCAAUCACAGGCACCAUUGGCAAUGAAUACAACAUCUUCUCCCCAUUCGGCACAUCCAAUUCGAAUUCAAUUGGAUUAUCAAAAAUCAAAAACUUUAACAUCCGUAAUACCAACGAUCAACAAUACACCCCCAUCACCACUACUUCCCGUAAAAACAUCACAAUCUCCUGCUCCAUCUAUGGAGCCCACGUCAUAUCAGCCACCACCACCACAACAACAACAACCACCCUCACCAUUUUUUCAACAAAAUUGGGCUCAGCAGCGAGCUCUACAACCAAAUUCACCAUUUCCAUUUACCCCUUCACCUCAAAUUAGAGGACCAUCGAGGCCACCACCACCAAUGCAUCCGCAACAUCAGUAUUCUCAACAACAUCUUCCAUUCGAUCCUCAAGCUCAGUUUUAUCCACAUCGGUAUCCACAUCCAUCUCAACAAAUUUCUCAGCCACCUCCACCUCCAAUUAGACAUCCGGGUGUUUAUAAUCAAAAUCAAUAUUAUCCACCACAUCAUCAUCCACAACAUUAUCCUCCACAUCAUUAUCCUCCACCACGUUAA